CGUUAUAUUACGAGGGUAACAUUAUAACUUUUGACAGUUUUAUAACCCAUGGCCCUCUGCAGAACGACAGGGUUGGUCUUCCUGUGUCGCGGGAAACUGGGUCGAGUCAACGCUGCUAUGGUUUCUCGUUUUGAAAACAUUCAGAAGUCUUGACAUUAUGGCGGUAAAUUGUGAAUUCUGUCAUCCCUGGAACUGAACACACAACUAGUUAAUAUAGCUUUAAGAUGUCUAGGACCACUAAAGAUGGAACAUCCACAAAAUCUGAAGAAAUUACGGAGAAUGGUGACGAAAACCAGAAUGAAAAGAAACCAGAUGCCAAACUCUCCAUGGCGCCAGGUGUUAAACUGGUUAGCCGGUUAACAAUGCAUGAUCUGAAGGCCAUACAAGAUGCAUUCACCAUCAACCAAUCGGGACAGCAGAGAGAGCUGAGUCUGGAUGUGGAUCAGUUCUGUGAGAUCCUGUCUAUUGUCCUUAACAAAGGUGUAAGGGAGGAGUAUGAGGAGUUAUUUAACAAGAUCGAUGUCGCGAAGGAGGGGUUUGUUGACUGGGAUAAGUUUUCCUCACACAUGCUUCUUGAAUACUAUGAAAAGGAUGACAGAAUGAAGACAACACAGGUGCCUCAGUGGAGGGAGCUGCGUAAUAUCUCCAGUCCACACAAGGAAGUAAUCAGAAGAAUAUCUCCCCUGAUUAACCCUUCCAGAUACUUAUCUGUCAGUAAGGAAGGGAUAUUAUGCCUGUGGUCACUUGGGAUGAAGCAACUGCGUACAGUGCAGGUUCAGCCUGAUCAAGACGAGGUCAAGCAGAGGGAUCUGUGGGUGACAGACUUUAUUCCCAUGCAAAACCUGUAUAAGCUUGCUAUUGCACUGACCAGCAAGGAAAUUGCCAUCUACGACUUGAGCUCCAAGUCAGAGUUCAACUGCCAGUUUAGAAUCAAGAACCUUGAUGACACGCCCCUUUGCCUGGACUACUGGAGCAAUCCUGACAAGCCAAAUGAGGCUAUCCUUGCAUUUGGUGAUGUGUCAGGACAAGUGAAUGCCCUACUGUUUUCUGCUGUGAAUAUUGCACUUUUUGACCGACCAGCCCAGCCAGCAGGGAGCAAACAAGAUGUGUGCUUGACGGUAGACAUCAAGGAUGUGAGCAGAGGGCAGUACAAGAAUGCUCGGCUUGUGAAGCAUCAUGGUCACACUGAGUGGACCAGACAAGUCAUGUACUCAGCUCAUCUUGACUGCUUCAUCUCUUGUUCAACGUCUUACAAGGGCUCCUUGGUGUUGGGGUGGAUAGAAAAGACAAAAUCGAACAUGAGAACAACUGCAUUCAAGAUCCCACAAGGAGUGAAUGCCUUUGAUUAUAACGAAAAAGCAAAUCUUGUUGCCACAGCCGGCGUGAACCAUCAUGUUUGUUUAUGGAAUCCUUAUGUUAUCUCCAAACCUGUUGGGGUUCUCAGAGGACAUAUGCAAAGUGUUGUCGCAGUUCACUUUAUUGAGUCCAGGGGGCAGUUGAUCAGUCUCUCCAAAGAUAAAGUUCUGCGGAUAUGGGACACACAUCUCCAGGUCUGUCUGCAGAGGCUUUCUGGAAUGUUCCCUAAAGGUCCAGCCGAAGUUUCUAUAACGAUGUUUUACGACGAGGAGCACAGUAAACUUUUCACAGCAUUCAACCAGCAGUUGACGCUGAUGGUAAUGAAGCCUGAAGUUAAAGAUCGCGUAAUGAGCCACGAGCAGCCAGUUACUGCAGCCAUCUACAACAGCAAGUUUAACCAGGUGGUUACCGCUUGCGCUGGAUCUGUUAUCACCAUGUGGAUGAUCGACACCGGACAGAAAGUCAAACAGUUUGCAAACGCUCACGGGAACGCGGAGAUCACUACCAUUACCCAAGAUGCAACAGAGACGAGGCUUUUCACGGCCAGCGCUGACGGAACUGUGAAGAUCUGGGACUUCAAUGGUCACUGUCACAGUAUUCUGAUGGCAGGAAAUGGCGACCCAGCUGAAAUCAGUCAAGUGAUGUGCGUCAAGCGGAUGAUUGUAACUGUAGGCUGGGACAGAGCUCUCUGUGUUUUCCGCGAUGGUCAGAUCAACUCUUUUUACGUUUAUCCAUCGGAAUGGAAGGGGAGACAGGAGCAUCAAGAUGACAUUCUAUCCGUCGCGUAUAGCCCACCCACAACCAUCGCCUCUGCCAGCUACGACGGCGAGAUCGUCAUAUGGAACAUGAACUCCGAGCAAGCUUCUCGGCAUCUAGUGGCCGAGAAGAGACGAAAACCUCCGAGAUCCUCACGACGCAAUAGAUUGAGAGCUGAAUCCAACACCACUCCUGCGCCGCCACCUACUGCUGAUAUCGACAGCCUGUUAAACCCGCCCCAGACCGCAAGGACUCUCUCGGCCGGAUCAAACGCAGAAGGCCUGGACCAGGAAAAGGCAGCAGAACAUGAUUCUGAUAUCGGUUCGGCUGUCACUAAACUGAUCUUCCUGAACUCCCGUCCACUGCCCACUUCGUCUCCUGGUGCAAACCUCGUCUCUUGCUGUGGCAGUGGAAUAGUACGGUUUUGGAAUUCUCAGAAGCACGCUUUUCUUGCCGAGUUUUUGGCGCAUCAACACGCUGGCUCGCUGACAAUGGCAGUAGAUGACACGAACUCUUACUUGGUAACGGGUGAUGCUGACGGUCUGAUCAAGGUCUGGGACAUCUCUGAGUAUUGUGUAGAGGAGCCAGACAAGACCAUCACCCAACCGCCACCGCUACUCAAGCAGUUCCAGCCCCACACGGACAUCAUCAACCACAUUGGGCUGCUGACCAGGAAUGAGCGACUGCUCGUGUUGACUGCUUCCAGUGACUGCUCUGCUGCAUUAUGGGAUAUCGAGGGGCGUCAGAUCGGCGUCUUUGGCCAGGAAGAGCACUGGAAAAUCGAGCCUAUUUCAGAGGAAGAAAGGAAAGCAGAGCAACAAAGACUUGAAGAAGAGGAAGCCGAGGAGGAAAGCGAGGAAGAGUUAGAGCAGAAUCAAGAUGCUGAAGAGACGGGUCAGGCCGACUAUUUCAACAAUGAGGACUUUGACCCAGAAUACCGCAUGUCCACCUGGGAUAGGACCAUACUAGGCAAAGCGUAUAUGGAGACGCGCAGUGAGAAGAGGGAACGUCGCCAGCCCAUGAGUAUCCCUGACCUUCCUUACCUGAACUGGGAGAAGACAGGCCAAGCUCCCGCCGGACCAUACGCGGCUUUAGAGACAGCAGAGCUAGCAGACGUGGGUACAAUCAGCAAGCCCGACUUCGUGUCCCACCCGGAAAAGUACUUCAGCGAGAGGCAGUCAGCGGGCAAACGCAGCAAGGCCCUUCCACCGUUACCCUCUAUUACGGAGCGUCUCCAGAUGCGCUAUGAUGACAAGAGCCUGUUUCCCAAGUCUAUCCUCGAAAUGGAGGCGAAAAUGAAAGCUGCGCAUGCGCUUGGCUUACGCGCGUCACGUGCCGCCAGCAAGCGGACCGACGGGCAGCCGUCACGUGCCGGUAACCACGGCGCGCGAAAAUACACCAUGAGCUGGAAUAAGGUCUUGAUGAAACGGGGCAGCCAGGGGGUUACCAAGGAUGAGUGAUAACGUCACCGUGUCACGUGUCAGAAUGCGGUCCGACAGGUGGCGCUCACGUGAUGCGACAAAGACGUGACGCGACAAGGUGUCUAUAAAGAGAAGCAUUCGGUGACUUCUCAAGGGCCAUUGAUGGCAUCAUCAAACUAACCCACGGCUAGUUCAGUGCUGAAAGAAAAAGAACGGGUAGUCUACAAAGAUUUAUUGAAUAUAACAGACUGUGAAAGAUGAAGAACGACUGCGUGCGGCUUGGUAUGGGCUAGAAAAAUACCAUUCACGUGUACAUUGUUUACAAGUUUAAUUGUACAAAGAGAUAAUAUUCUUAAUUAUAUUUUUAAUUUAAUAAAUGAAGGGUAUAUUUUUACAAGAAAA